CCCACCCCCUCCCUGCCUCAUGAAUGGGGCUUGGACAUGGACAGCGCUGAACACAUAGUCCUACAUGAUUCUCUCCUCAUUCACUGAAGACAUUUUCCGGAAUCCUGGCUGUAAGAACCCUUGGAUUUCAGCAUCCUUCUGAUGCGAGUUCAUUAGGGGUGUCAGGACAGAACACAAACCUGCUGGUUGUCAACACAAAUCUCUGGACUGCGGAUCAGAAACGUAGGUGAAGGAUUUCCUCAGUGAAAACCCACAGCUAUUCAAGUUAUUUUUACACAGAAAGUGUACCUGUCCUGAGUGAAACCAAUUUGUUUAAAACGCUGAAGACAUUGAGUGAGUCUCCAUGAUGGACUGCUAAGUAGAAAGGGAUAAUUCUCCUUCUCCAUUUAUUGAAAUAUCCUGCAACUGACUUUGGACGAAGACGAAAAAUGUCGAGCCAUUUAACCGGAGAUGCUUCAUUCAGCUCCAGACAGGAACUGCUGAAUUUAAAUGAACCGUGCUUGAGCACCAAUAAUGUAGAGACUGCGGAUUCUGAAGUAAUUAACGAGAAAAUACAGUGCAAUGGGACAAAAGUAUACAAUAAGUCCUACCAACAUAAUUCGCACUCGAGCAAUUCUGAACAUGUGUGUGGCUGGGGUCUGUUCAAGCCCAAAUUUCUGCAGGUUUGCAACACGCCAAUAGGAAUCCUUGGUUUCCUCUGCUGUGCUUCCUUUCUCCAAGGAAUGAUCGUUAAUGGAUUUAUAAAUACUGUUAUCACUUCAAUUGAACGGAGAUUUGAUCUACGCAGCUACCACAGUGGCAUGAUUGCCAGCUCUUAUGACAUAGCUGCGUGCAUCUGCCUGCUGUUUGUCAGCUACUUUGGUGGGAGUGGUCACAAGCCAAAGUGGCUCGGCUGGGGGGUCUUAAUCAUGGCUUUGGGGUCACUCGUGUUUUCUUUGCCUCAUUUUGUUUCCAGUCAUUAUAUAGUGGAUUUAACAGAGGAGUCUGGUUUAUGCAACACCACAAAGUCUACACAAUGUCAGGAAGGUUCGUCGAGUUCCUCCAACUACAGGUUUCUGUUCAUGCUUGGACAGUUCCUCCAUGGCAUUGGGGCAACACCACUGUACACCCUGGGAGUGACCUAUCUCGAUGAAAAUGUCAGGUCCAACCAUGCUCCUGUUUACAUCGGUAUUUUCUACACAGCAGCUAUUGUUGGACCAGCAGCUGGCUACUUACUUGGAGGCUAUUUCCUCCAAAUGUACACUGAGAUAAACACCACGGUUAAUCUUACUCCGGAGAAUCCCCUGUGGGUGGGGGCAUGGUGGGUCGGAUUCCUUGGAGCCGGAGCAGCAGCUUUCCUCGUCUCUAUCCCAAUCUUCAGUUACCCUCGACAACUUCCAGACACCCAACAGUAUAUGGCCAUGAGGGUCUCAGAAGCUCACCAACUGAAGGAUGGGAGCCAGCAGACUGCACUGGAGCCAGAUUUUGGGAAGACGUUAAGGGACUUGCCCAGGUCUGCAAUGUUGUUGCUGAGGAAUCCAACAUUCAUCUUUCUCUGCCUGUCGGGAGCAACUGAAGCCACUCUCAUAGCCGGCAUGUCCACGUUUGGACCCAAGUUCCUUGAAGCCCAGUUUGGUCUGAGUGCCUCUCAAGGUGCAACCCUAUUUGGGUACAUUGUAGUUCCAGCGGGAGGAGGUGGCACAUUCCUUGGCGGAUUCAUUGUGAAUAAAUUAAAACUUCGUUGUGCGGGAAUCAUCAAGAUUUGUAUUAUUUGUGCAUUCAUGAGCCUGUUAGCUAUUUUCAUUGUCAGCAUUAACUGCCCCAACAUGGCUGUGGCUGGGAUCACUUCAACAUUCAAUGGCAGUGUUUAUGAUGGGGCUAUCAAUGUGACUGCAACUUGCAACGCUGAUUGUAACUGUUUAAUGGAAUUGUACAACCCAGUUUGUGGAGCAGAUGGUUUAAUGUAUUACUCACCUUGUCAUGCUGGAUGCACAGAAUUUAAUUCAACACUGUCACCAAAUGGCAGAAAGAUUUUCCACAACUGUCUCUGUGUAAUGGAGCACGAUUCGAUGAGGCGGAGUUAUGCAGAAUCUGGGAAAUGCAAUUCGCCCUGUACACAAUUGCCACUAUUCAUAUCAAUCUUCUUUUUUGUAAUUUUAUUCACGUUCUUGAGCAGCAUUCCUGCAUUAACAGCAACUCUCAGGUGUGUCCCUGAUAGUCAGCGAUCAUUUGCACUCGGUAUUCAAUGGAUCUUAGUCCGUACUUUAGGUGGAAUCCCAGGCCCAAUUGCGUUUGGAUCCGUUAUUGACAUGUCCUGCUUGUUGUGGCAGCAUCAAUGCACAGAGAGAGGCUCUUGUUAUAUCUACCAAAAUUCAGCCAUGAGCAAAUAUCUCCUGAUUGCAGGAAUAACAUACAAGAUAGCGGGGUUAGUAUUCUUUCUCCUGGCUUUUUUUCUGUACAAACCACCAGGAUCAACACUCAGUAGUUCAACCAUGGACAAUGGAGACUCUAAUUUAGACAAAGGUGUUUCACAAAAUACGGUUAAAAAAGUAAUUACUCUCUAAUUAACUCGCACUUACAUUGCAUUUAAUGAAAAUUGUAUUCUUACCACUCCACAUUAUUGGAUGUCAUUCACCGUACUCAUCUAACCAGCCACAUUUUAACAUCAACCUUGUUAUUUUCAUGAUCAACGUUUUCAGUUUUAACGUUGUUGAACAUCGGGACUAUUUACAAAUUUUUAACAUUGAAAAUUGUAUAAAUUAAAUCUGUGCAGAGUGUACAAUGAUAUUAGAAACGAUUGAAAGUGAAUAAGUGGUGAUGUUUACCUGCAAGCACUACACCUAUAUACGUAUAAGGAUUCUUCAUUGCAAGUGUUAGCCAUUGCACUGGAUGGGUCAGGAGACUGAGGAUUGGCAUGGUUUUCACACCCAUAAACUAUGCAACAGUGCUUAAGCCUUUGAUGGAUGUCUAUGCAGCUGUAAUGUCAUUUAUUUCAGCUAUUUACAAAGCUCUUUUAAAUAUUGACAAAUUCUUAAUUAUGCAAUUCACAGGUACAUUUUACACUUUUGAUAUAAGACUAGGAUUUUCUUACUUUUCUUUAUAAAUUCCCAAUUACUUAAGUCUUUAGCUCCAAUCCUGGGGCAGUGCAACCAUGGAGACUCCAACAACAGGCCAUGCUUGACCAAAAAGGACAGGUGGAAUAGUUUGCGUAGAUU